UGUACACUCUCCGUCUCUCCGGAGAGACCACUCUCGCGGUGGCAGAGGUGGUCUCUGCUCACCUGAGCGUUUCAGGUGGCAGUCGCCCAGCUGAAUCGUUCAGCGACGGGUUCUCCUCGUGUGAGCGCCGCGAGCGCGAUUCGCCAAAGAGAGACAGAGCAAAAAAGAGACUCAUAAGACACCGGAUAACUUAAGGGAGAACGAGACUGAUAUGUCGAGAGAAUUUCGCGGGUACAUUUUGCAAUGCGACUCGAAAAUCGCGAAUCUCCCGGAUUCUCUUCCAAAAUCGAUGAAGCGACCGUCGCGACAUAUCUGUCUCUGCAGAUAAAUGCAACAAACCUUGAGGAUAAUAUGCAGAUCUCGUUUAAUUAUUGUCAGACGGACGGAGACACUGUCAAAAAUUUAUUUUAAUAAAAUAAAUCUCCAUCGAUCAAUAAGAUUAUUGUGACUUAUCGGACUGAUCUAAUCACGAGAAUUAAUUAUUAAAUCGAACUGAUCCGGAAAAAUUUUGCGGUAUCAAUUUUCAAGAAGCGGAAGAACAUUUUCGAUACAACAAUUGGUCUGCUAAUUAUUGAUUUUAAUUAAUUAAAAUCAGAAAAAAUUUCACUCCUUGUUAUUUUUUCCGAUUCAAAAACAUCCCUGAGAUCACUCGAUCGUGCGUGAUUUGCAAGAUACUUUGUAAGAAAUGAAAAUGUGAUGCGUCACGAUACAUUACACGGUAAAGUAAACAACAAUACUUUCGAUCGCAAUCGAUGAUAAUCGCCGCACACCAAUAAAACCAAAGAUCGCUUGGAAAUUCAAAGGAUCUCCGCGCAUCUUGAAGAAAGUGAACGUCCUCUCGAGUAAUCUCGAGUUCCUCGGCGAUGAUCGAAGAGCUGUCAUCUACGAGAAAGAGCUGGUUGAUCGUCGAGGCUUAUUAAAAGACACUCCUGGCGGCGGAUCGAUCGGCAGAUAAAUGUUCCGUUCGAGCGACGUAAAUAAAUUUGUCACUGAAUCGACUGACUCGUCCGACGGCAUUCUCAACAAAAUUAUCGUCUUUAAUAUUGCGCAGCCGCGAUUAAACGGAGGUGUUCGAUUAAACGGUGACCGAUUGCGGAAAGAAAGACUCGGGAGUCUCGGAGUUGUCUUACCAGAUUGAGAAACGACGACGGAAGAGUGUUUGAUUAACGGAAGCUCUUUACCUCAUGGAAGAAUCACAACAAGAGAUAUAUAGACACGUGUUAAUCAAUAACUAAUUGCGUGCUUGUGAAAUGCGCGUCAUUUGCGAUAGAGAGAGAGUGUACGUAAUUUAUUUAAAGAGCAAAUUAAUGAAAAUUCAAUUAAUAAAUUAUUUCGAAAAAAUUGAGAGCGGCAAGUUCUAAAAGAAAUUCCUCAAAUUUAUCGUAAUAUAAUAUAAGGUAAAAUUUAAUGUGCGUCAGAGGAGGCAGGAAUUUACGAAAAAUAUUCACGAAUUUUUUCGAGUCGUGCCGAGACCUUAGAUGGGGAACACGCGAUAAGGCAACGAGAUUAAUUAAUGUGCGCGAGAUUGAACGGGAUGAUUUACGAUAUAUUAAUUCGACCGGGCCAAUCUGCUAGAGGAUUUUAACGGUGAGGGAAGCGAAUGGGAGGACAGUCGAAAAUAAACGCAGUCGAUCAUAAAUCUCGCGAUGACGAUGUGACAGCGAAUGCCAACACCGUUAUCGCUGACAAAUGCCGAUGAUCGCACGGUCAUAAUUCAGUGCCACACGACAGAGUCAACAAAGUGUCAUUCUCGAAAAAAGAUCGAUCGCGCGCUUUCCGAGCACGAGUUCGUCUCGAGAGAAGAAAAUUCGUCGACUCCCUCUUGUAUAAAGAUAUUUCCAUUGAUUCUGCAAUUAAAUACAUUCUACACCGCUGUAAAUAUUUGACGGCCAAAAAGAAAUGAUAUUCACGAACGUGAAUGAUCGCGCUUAAUUGAGGAGAUAAAAGUCGAUUUUCGCUCGAAUUUAUUGAUACGCGAGUGCAAGAGUUCCUCGUGUCUUCCCCGAAGGAUGGAUUCACGUGAAAGCCGGUAGAUAUUAUGUAGAAUGAACAAGGUCGAUUCGUCGGGAACAGUCGUGCUAAAAACUUUCGAAGUAAAGAUAUCGUGUUUCCGCGAGUGCCGCAAAGUUAUAUACAUGCAAGUGAACUCUUAGUUGAAAGAUUCCUUCGAAGUCGGGAAAUGCGUAUAUUUUCGCGAGCGAUCGCUUAUCGCACCGGAUAGAGCAUGAUGGGAGAGGUGAUUCGUGUUUCCGGAAGGCCGCCGGAUGUCGGUGACAUUCUGAAGGAGGCUAUGCUGUCGCAGAGAUUCGCCGAUGUGGCCCUGUGUUGUCCAGGAGGCCAGAGAUUCCUCGCGCAUCGUCUGGUUUUAUCAGCGGCGAGUCCUUAUCUCCAGGAAGUAUUGUUGGCGCAUAGCAAGACCACCGCUCAUUGCGAGCCAAUCACGGUGAUCCUGGCUGAAACGGAAGCGCCGGAACUCGCGGCUCUUCUGGGCUUCGUCUACACCGGAAGUGCCACGGUUCCGCGGAUGCGACUGGACGCGUUUCUCCGCGCCGCCGAGACUCUGCGCAUUCGACUGCCACCGGUUCCGGUGACGACGACCUGCAGCGAGCGAGUGCAAGCGGACAGUAAACAGGAAGACGUGAAGGAUGUGAAAGUUAAUCCCAAGUAUCUGCGGUGCGAUCAGUAUCCUUGGUACAAAUCGGGGAGACCGUCCUACGAAAAUCCGCUCGACAGGAAGGAGUCCAGGAUAUUCCCGACCGACGGCGGCAGAGACGUCUUCAGGAACUCCGAGACGUUUCGCGAGGUCAACAAUCCCGGUCCCAGCUCGUUUGGUCCCAGCUGUUCGAACGAGUGGCCGAUCGAGGGUUUCGCGUAUCGCGAUCGAACGAUAGAAGACACUUCCGCGGAGAAUCGAGAUCACAACUCGAUGAUAUUAGUCGAGAAGAAUCGCAUGAUGGCUCUUAGUAGCGAAUCGUCCUUCGAGAUUUAUCAGCGAGACGCCACGUGUCUUCCCGAGAGACCGUUCGCGGAAGGCUACGGUAGUCUGGAUCCCUCGGAGAGGAUCAGAUUAUCGGGAUACGAGAGACCGCAGAUGAAUCAUCGUUCGGAGAGGCCGAUUACGGACGAAGACGUUCACGCGGCAGGAUCGGGAGGUGCUGGUGAUUCUUACAUCCGAAGGACACCCGACGAGUGUCCUUAUCAGGCCGCGUCGUCCUUGUCGUCCUCGCAGUGUCGGACGAGGUCGUUCGAGAGAACGAUCGAGUACGGUUCGCAGACGACGGCGACGUCUCAGGGCGAGGAUCUCAGCUGCGGCGAAAGUUGUUGCAGGUGGAGAACUAUACGUAGACACGUGGCCAAUCGCGUCACCGCGUCCCCGUGGCGCCAGAUUAUCAGGCCUCAUCAUUCACCGAGGAUCCCGCGAUCCGUCAUACCCCAACAACGUCACGUCGAUGACAAAAUUCACAGGAAACCUAGCACUCCAGAACCAACUCGAUCCACGGUAAUAUCGAUGAGCCCGAGGGUCCAUUCCCCGAGUAAGAAUACGCCGGGUAGAAACGACGGGUUUUACGCGGUCGAGGUACCUACCAGUUGCGAGAUGAGCCUGAACAAUGAUACCGGAUCGCGCGAGACGGUCGGCGAUGCACCGGAGACGAGCGUGCAGGAGAUCUAUCGAUCUCCAUCAGCCCCGUUCGCAGCCGGCAAUCAAAUCGCGCCGAGGAGCAACAACGAGCCGUCCUUCCAGAACGUCGGCAACACGCCCGCGCGAUUGCUACCCGUCGUCGUUAACGACACCGUUAUCACGAACGCCGCCGGAUAUACGACGCCGAUCCCGGUUCCGCAGACGCCGCAGAAGCAGGAAUUGUCGCAUCCGAUCAGCAGACUCUGCGACACGAUCGAGUCCGACGAGAAGAGAGAAGCUUCCCCGAGAAUGGAAGUGGCGGAGAAAAACGCGGGAGAGGAGAGAAUCGCGAGGAUUCUUGUUAAUAGCGAUAAUAAUAAUAACAACGAGGCGAUCGUCAGCACGAUCGAGGUGGCUCAGCGAGGACGAUCGACGACCGAUGAUCACAGGUGCGAUCAAUGCGGGAAGACCUUCGUCACGAGAGCAUCGCUCAAGGUGCACAGCCGGACACACUCGGGCGAGAAGCCGUUCCGGUGCGCCGAUUGCGGCAAACAGUUUUCGCAGCUGCGCAACUAUAAGUACCACCGCAGCGUGCACGAGGGCACGCGGGAGUUCGCGGCGACCUGUCCGGAAUGCGGCAAGUACUUCAACGAUCGCGGUUACCUGAGCUCGCACAUGAAGAUCCAUCGGAAUCGCAAGGAGUACGGAUGCGCGGAAUGCGGGAAGAGCUUCAAUCAGCGCGUGGCCUACAACAUGCACGUGCGCAUACACACGGGCGUGAAGCCGCACCAGUGCGAGCAAUGCGGCAAGGCGUUCUCGCGAAAGAUGUUGCUUAAGCAACACCUGAGGACCCAUUCCGGCGAACGGCCUUACCAGUGCCAGGUCUGCCAGAAGGCGUUCGCCGACCGUUCCAACAUGACCCUCCACACCAGGCUGCACUCCGGCCUGAAGCCGUAUCAGUGCAACCUGUGCUCGAAGGCCUUUACCAAGAAGCAUCACCUCAAGACUCAUCUGAAUUAUCAUACCGGCACCAAGCCUUACGCCUGCUCGAACUGCGGCGGCAGGUUCUCGCAAAGCAGCAACAUGAGGACCCACUUCAAGAAGUGUAUCGUCAACAACGCCGUAGGAUUGGCCAAAUCCGGGGACGAAACCGGGGUCGAUCGCGCGGACGCCGAAGGCAACGUGGCCUUGACGCCGCCCAAUUCCGAUCAGGAAUCCAGUAUCCUGACACCGAUACAGAGCAACACGUAGCGGGGACACUUGGAAUCGAGAGAAGAGACGGAUACUUUCGAAAGUGAAGAAGGUUGACGAAGAAUCAAGUGAAAAUACUGUUGCAACCGCAUCAUUAUGGUAGAUGUUCGAGGGAAGAUAGUGCACUUGGCAGACGUGUUUCUCUGCUGGUAAAUUUAUAGGAAAUAGACCGCGAGAGCUUUCACGCUUUACAUUUGCGACAGGUUAGUACAUGUUCGUAAACAUUUUCUAGGAUACAUCGAGAGUUGUCUACGUCCGCGUUACAAGAUAACGCCAUGAAAUUAGGAAAAAAUUUUAUUCAUUCUUAAACAACGCGCAGGUUUGCGCGCUUCUUUCAAAGACAAUCCGAUAUUUAGUCAAUUGAAGUAAGAUAUUGAAGUGAGUAAUUCAAGUAUCGAUGUAAUAAUGGUAUAAUAAUCAUUGCACUGUGCCUUAUUUAGUUCCUGUAUUUAUUGAAUUAUUCUCAAUGUACAUAUAUAUGCAAAGCUCCGUAUACUAAUUUAAUGUAAUAUUUAAUAAUUUGGAGAAUAAGAUUUUUUGAUAUACGAGAAAUUAUAUGUUAAAUCGAGAAUUAAAUAAAUUGAAUUUUUCAGAGUAAGUUUAUUUUAUUCCUCU